UCUUUGGCUUGACCUACCGCCUCAGCAUUUGGAUCACUUGUUGCUAGUCAAUUCUCAGAACCUUCGUAGUCCAUACCAUUACCAUAUUGUAUAAUCUAUAUUUCUAUCUUUCUUCUAUUUGAUGAUUUGAUUUCACAAACCACAGAUUAAGAAUCAAAACCAAACCAUUUUCCUCUCUCUCCAUUAAAAGAUGGAUAAGAAUGACGAAGUGGGUUUUGAUUCAGAGAAUUAUGACAAGAAGAAGAAAAACCCACAACAAGAUGAAGUAGAAGAAGGAGAAGGAGAAGACAAGAAGCAUUUUUCAGUAGAGCAAAUAUUCAGAGAACAAGAGGUUCCAUCAUGGCAACAGCAACUGACUGUGAGAGCUUUUGUUGUGAGCUUCAUUUUAAGUAUACUAUUCACCUUCAUCGUCAUGAAACUAAACCUCACCACUGGAAUUAUACCUUCACUCAAUGUAUCAGCUGGUCUUUUGGGUUUCUUUUUCCUCAAAAUUUGGACUUCUUUUCUUGAAAAGUCUCGGUUAUUGAAACAUCCCUUUACUAGACAAGAGAAUACUGUUAUCCAGACUUGUGUUGUUGCCUCCUCUGGGAUUGCCUUUAGUGGAGGGUUUGGGAGCUACCUGUUUGGAAUGAGUGAAACUAUUGCCAAACAAUCGAAUGACAAAAGUGAUCACAAAAAUCCAGCAGUAGCUUGGAUGAUUGGCUUUCUGUUUGUAGUUAGCUUUCUGGGCCUUUUCUCAGUGGUGCCUCUCAGGAAGAUCAUGAUCAUAGACUUCAAAUUGACAUAUCCAAGUGGCACUGCAACUGCACAUCUCAUCAACAGCUUCCACACUCCUGCAGGGGCCAAACUAGCUAAGAAACAAGUGAAAACAUUGGGCAAAUUCUUCUCUUUUAGCUUCUUGUGGGGUUUUUUCCAAUGGUUCUAUACGGCUGGAGAUGGUUGUGGAUUUUCGAACUUUCCUACAUUUGGGCUCAAAGCAUAUGAAAACAAGUUUUAUUUUGAUUUCUCGGCAACAUAUGUUGGAGUUGGAAUGAUAUGCCCAUAUAUAGUAAACAUAUCAGUGUUGUUUGGAGGAGUUCUUUCCUGGGGUCUGAUGUGGCCUCUAAUAAAUACUAGAAAGGGUGAUUGGUUUCCUGCAGACCUUAGCUCAAGCAACAUACGUGGCCUUCAGGGUUACCGGGUAUUUAUUGCCAUUGCCAUGAUCCUGGGCGAUGGUUUAUACAACUUCUUUAAGGUGCUAAGCCGAACGCUUGCUGCUUUGUUUCUCCAACUUAGAGCCCGAGGUGCAAGCAGUGGUCUCCCUAUUGCUGACCGUCAUUCUCCCAGGAGUACCAAGUUCGCUUAUGAUGAGGAACGCCGUACUCAACUCUUUCUCAAAGAUCAAAUUCCAACAUGGUUUGCUAUUGCAGGUUACAUUGUGGUUGCUGCUGUUUCUACUGCAACUCUUCCUCACAUCUUUCAUCAACUCAAAUGGUAUUACAUAGCAGUCAUCUACAUCUUUGCACCUGCCUUAGCAUUUUGUAAUGCUUAUGGAUGUGGACUCACUGAUUGGUCCCUUGCAUCCACCUAUGGGAAGCUUGCUAUUUUUACUAUUGGUGCUUGGGCUGGUGCCUCGCAUGGGGGAGUUCUUGCUGGACUUGCAGCUUGUGGCGUAAUGAUGAACAUUGUCUCUACAGCUUCUGACCUCACUCAGGAUUUUAAGACAGGUUAUUUAACUCUGUCGUCUCCACGGUCAAUGUUCGUGAGCCAAGUAAUUGGAACUGCAAUGGGUUGCAUAAUUUCCCCAUGUGUCUUUUGGCUCUUCUACAAGGCCUUCGAUGAUCUCGGGUCUCCUGGAAGUCAAUACCCUUCUCCUAAUGCUGUUAUUUACCGAAACAUGGCUAUGCUGGGGGUACAAGGCUUCUCGGCAUUGCCGAAGGACUGCCUCUUGCUUUGUUAUGUGUUCUUUGGUUCAGCCAUUCUGAUCAACUUCACCAAAGACACAUUGGGUAAGAAAUGGGCAAGGUAUAUUCCUCUUCCAAUGGCAAUGGCCAUACCUUUCUAUCUAGGACCAUACUUUGCCAUUGACAUGUGUGUGGGAAGUUUGAUUUUGUUUGUGUGGGAAAAGAUCAAUAAGGCGAAGGCAGACGCUUUCGGCCCUGCGGUGGCUUCCGGUUUGAUUUGUGGGGAUGGAAUAUGGACUUUGCCUAGUUCAAUUCUUGCUCUGGCUGGGAUUAAACCACCCAUUUGCAUGAAGUUUUUGUCAAGAGGAACAAAUAGCAAGGUUGAUGCUUUCUUGGGGCAAUGAGGCUGAAAGUUAAGCUUCAAGACUUGAUUGUAUUAUUAUACAUUACAUAUGUGCAGUUUCUCAAGAUUGACUAUUUUAUAGCCAUUUCUGAAAAGAAAGGAUAUGUAUGGUAAAUUUGUAUGAAGCCUUGGAAAAUGAUUGUUAGUCAUCUGAAGAAAGGAAAAGAACAUGUAAAAGUGUAUGCUUUUUUGGAGUUAUACUAAGAGUGUAUGAUUAGCCAUUGAAUGGCAGAACGCAAGUAUCCUUAUGUUUUUCAAUUUCUAGUCGAGCUACAUUGCUA